UCCCUGUCUUGCCGUAAUUGCCCCUCUCCCUCCCUCCCUCCCUCUCUCUCUCUCCGACCCAAGCCGGCCUCCUCAUCGCAUCUCCCGUCCUCUCUAUGCAGCAGCACAUCGCAUCGUCUCCCCUCCAGCCCAGAUCUGAGAUGCACCCUAAGAUGGGAUCUGGCGUCACGAGGUUGCCCAAGAUCAACCCUCGCGUCUUCUUCGACAUGACCGUGGCCGGUAAGCCGGUGGGUCGGAUCGAAAUGGAGCUGUACGCCCCCGACGCCCCCGCCGCCGUGGAGAACUUCGUCGACCUCUGCAACGGCGGGUGUGUGGGAGACAGCGGGAACAAACUCCACUACAAGGGCUCCGUGUUUCACAGCGUCAUCCCCGGUUACAUGUGCCAGGGGGGCGACAUCACCCACGGCAACGGCACCGGCGGCGAAACUGUCUUCAAGAAGCCGUUCCGCGACGAAAUCAAUCGGGAGCUGCAGCGGGUGGGCCGGGGGGUCCUCUACAUGUGCAACGGAGGCCCCGACUCCAAUACUUCUCAGUUCAUUAUCUCCCUUAAGAGAACCCCCUGGCUCAACAGAUGCCACACGGUCUUUGGCCGUGUCGUCAAGGGCUUGGACGUCCUCAAGGCCAUAGAGGAGGUGGGCUCGCGCAGCGGAACUACUACGGCGGAGGUAAAGAUCGCCGACUGCGGUGAGCUGUAGCCUGGAGGUAGAGAUGCCCGCCCGCGAUGACGAUGAGCUCCUGGAUCUGAACUGAUCUCUACCUCGCUAAGUCACCGGUGCUGCUGGAUGCUUUUGUGUUACCUUUGUGUUUCGAGGAAUGUUCGUCCGUGGUUUAAUAGCUUAGUAGUUUGUUAAGUUCUAGAUCUGCAAAUCUGAUGGUAUGGUCUGAUGGAUGAUGUCUCUGAACCUCGUGUUACUGUUUGAGAUUUUCAUCUCUGUCUUCACCUGUUAGGCAUGCCAUUCAAACGGUUUCGGUAUCUUCUGCAAUUUGUCGAUCUACACUAUUGCUGCUGCCGAUAACUGCUGUCAAAUUGCUGUACUUUGGCCAGGAUUAACCACAGUGCCACUAUUUACUCUGACCAGUCUGAAAUGCCCGUGCUUGAUUUGGCU